GCAGCUCGAGUUCUUACACGUACAAAAAAGUAUGAACAUAUUAGCCCGGUUCUGUCAACCUUGCACUGGUUACCUAUAAAGCAUCGCGUUAACUUUAAAAUCUUGCUUAUUACCUAUAAAGCCUUACAUGGUUUAGCUCCUCAGUACUUGAAUGAACUCCUUUUGUAUUACAGUCCUUCACGUGCAUUACGCUCUCAGGCGUCCUGUCAGUUGGUAAUACCUAGAAUUUCAAAAUCAAGCGCAGGUGGUAGAUCCUUUUCCUAUCUAGCGCCUAAACUUUGGAAUAGUCUUCCCUGCACUGUCCGGGAGGCAGACACACUCUGUCAGUUUAAAUCUAGACUAAAGACGCAUCUUUUUAAUCUUGCAUACACUACUCUUCCAUAAUAUAAAUCUUCUGAGGGUUUAGGCUGCAUUAGUUAGAUCAACCGGAACCAAAAACACAACUGAUGUACUUGUUGCAUCAAAGAGUACAGAACAGUUACUCUACACUCAGCCAGUCUUGUCUCAUUGUUCCAAGGUUACCACAGCGAGCAGGAUGCAGUUCAUGGCCUGACCUGAUGGUAGAGCGGAGAAUGGGAAGUGGGGACCUGACAAGAGCUGAGAUGAUAGAGCUGGAUAAAGAAGGAUGCGGUCUCUUGACAUGUCUUCACCACAAAAUUUCAAAUGCUAUUAGAUUAUUAAUGAUAAUCUUAAACUAUAAUUUAUUUUAUUAUUAAGUUUAUUUAUUUUAUUUAGCCUUGUUGUGCAAGCUCUCUGGAGCUUGUGCAGAGGCAGCAGCUUUUGCCAGAGGGGAACUGGAAUCCCCUGGUUGGGCCUGGGUCUCCUGAGGUUUUUUUUUCUCGAUUAGAGUUUUGGGUUCCUCGCCACCGUUUGCAUACUGUUUUUGCACUAUCUGCCUGACCGGGGGGGUUGCUUUAGAAUUUUAAAGUUUUACUUAAUUAAUAUUGCAUAUAGGAAUUUAUAGUCUGUUAUAUUUGACCUGUGCUUCUCUCUCCUUUAUCCUAAAUGUGUGCUCUCACUGAGCGUGUGUGUGUGUGCGUACUUGUCUGUGUACGUACGUGUGUGUGUGUGUGUUGUGUGUGUGUACGUGCGCAUCCGUGUGUGUGUGUGUGUCUCUAUGUCUAUGUGUGUUAGUACGUGUGCAUAUUGUGUGUGUGGAGUGUUUUGUAUGUGGGUAUGUCUGUCUUCUGUGUUUUCAACCUUUUCUUGUUUUUGCAGGUACAACUUUAAUUAUUUUGCUUAUAGUCAAUAUGUCUCACGUACAGCUGCUUUGUAACAAUGAAAAUUGUAAAAGCGCUAUAUAAAUAAAGUUGAGUUGAGUUGAGUUAAAUGAUGAGAGAGUUUUCAUUUUUGGAUUAACUAUUCUUUUAAAGCCACACAGUUCAAGAGGUUAACUGCAGAUUGUUAGAUUAUGUUUACAUUAAUUAAACUAUGGGGGAAAUGCUAACAGACCUUUCUCUGUCACAACUGGCAUGAAAGAACCCAAAUGCAGGCAGCGUGGAUGAGGUUAACAGAAUACGUUUAUUGAUAAAACAAAGAAACAAAACAAAGACCCGCGAUGGGGUAAAACACGGGAAUAAAAAAAACACUAAACAGGAACAAAACGAAGACUAACUAAACACUGGACUGAAUAAGCACUAGACAAACUAAACUAAACUAAACACUUACUGAGAUGACAAAACAACAGGCACAGGCACAGGCACAGGCACAGGCACAGGCACAGGCACAGGCACAGGCACAGGCACAGGCACAGGCACAGGCAAUACUGGAGACCACUGGAUGAGCAAAAAGACGAACUGAAUACACCAGGCACAUAGCACACACAAUGGCCGACACAGGACCAUGAAACCUGAGGGUAUUAUAUAGGGAAUACAAAUGAGGGAUAACGACACGGGGCAGGUGUGGGUAAUCAAACACUCAGGGAAAGAUAACAAGGAAACGAGAGGAGCAGGGCCAAUGACAAGACACUGGAGAGAACGCAUAUUAUUGUCAAAAGGACAAUAAUAUGUUUCUCUCCACACAUAACCAAAGACUUUGUCAUGAUUCUGCUACAGGACCAAGAAAAACAUGACUAAAUGAAGCAGAGCCAUGACAUUUCUCACAUUCUGUCUUUUAGUUCCAUGAAAGAUAAGCAUGUCCCCUUUAGUAGUUUACCUUUGAGGAUAAAAAUAUCACGACAUAUAACUUGAUGUCACAAAAGUAAAAGCAUUACCAUGUUUGUUUGAGUAAUAUUUAUCAUGGUGUAGUGGUAAAUGUAAGUAGUAGUAAUGUGUGAAAGCAGCACUUAUACUGUAAAUGAAAAAACAGUACUCAUGCUGCCAUUUAGAUCUAUUGUAAGUACUGGCAAUCUGCUGUCAGUAAGUUACUAUCAUUUCUACAGGAAGUUUGUUACAGUUUGUGUCAUGAUUUUUUUGUGAAGCCGGACAACAAGUGUGUUUUGUUCUGGUUCUAAACAUACAGGUUUUUCUAAAAACUCAAAAUAUACUAGUAUGAAACCACUCCAUGUAUGGAGUGAACAGCAGUAGACAUUGGGCAUUUCUCAAUUCCAAGAACGCAAAGAAGGGACUUGUGUUCUUGUGGAGACCGCUCUUGUGAGGCAGCUUCAGAGGAACCAACUCUCUGUGAGAGUGAUUUUGGGUCUUGUAUGCGCAAGUCUCUAUUCAAUGCAUCCUUUAUUUCAAGAACACAUCCGAAUACUUUCAUGCGUCCUCUGUACUUGUAUUCUUGAGUACUGGAACCAGACUUUGACGGUUGAUGAUAACGUAGAGCAUGAACACGAGGGUGCAAGAACACUGAAGAAGGCACAUUGAGAAACAGGCAUCAUUUCUCAAACUAUGUCUCUAACUAGGUGUGUAUGGGGAUUUUGUGAUGUACCUGUUACAAAUGAAGUUUCUAUUGGUCAGGUUCAGUUUGGCUCUAUCCUGUGGAAAGAUGAGAAAUUAUAUUAGUAAGAAAACAUUAGUUAUUAAACCUUUUGAAUUUGAGAGGCUGCACCAAACAUCAGCUUUUUCUGCGAAACGAUAUGUGACGUAUGUGAACCUGAAACACUCCAGGUGUAUAUAUGACUAAACAAGUGUUUUUAAUCAAGCAGGUUUUGUUAUAUUUUAGAGGCAGAUGUUCGUAAUGUCAGUAUAGAGUCUGUAAACAGGGCUUGUUUGAUUGUUAACAUGGGAUGUGUUGUUCUUCCCACGAUCUGUUUCAUUCAGGGUCACAUCUCUGAGGAAUUUAACUGCUCGAGAGAAAAUCAUCACAAACAUUCAAACAUUACCACAUGCAUAUAUAGCCUAGAGAGAGAGAGAGAGAGAGAGAGAGAGAGUGAGUGAAUGGGGAGCGCGAGUGUGGCCGGCGCGCUCUCUGUGUUGAAGUGGUGCGCAGAGAGUUUCAUUCAUGUGUCGUCACUCGGAUCCGCUUCACCUGUAGACUGUUACUGGACUUCAACACAUUUGACUCCAUCUGAAUGAGGUCAAACUCUGAUCUACAAUCUAUUGAAGUUGAUCGCUUUCAACACAGCGGUCAUAAUGAGAAAUGAACAUCAUUCCUCUGUAAUAAGCAACAAAAAGCAAGUUAACAUCAUCAAAGUCACAGAAGAUAUUGAUUAUGACCUCCAAGAUUCAAUGCUCCUGAAAGCUCUCACUCCAGAGGAGAACACACAAUGUCGGCGUGGUUUGUACUUCCAGGACGGCAAGAGACGGGUGGACUACAUCCUCACUUACCAGAUCAAGAAGACCAGCAGCUCCCGCUCGCGACGCCACACCACACGUCUCACAGACAACGCUUUCACUCGUACCCUGCGCCGCGGUCGAGGGCCACCCCUGCCCAAACAUGACCCUGAAGUGGGCUCUCCUGCUCACAACAUGGACCACCACGAUGACGACAAGUGUUUACGGCGUGAGGAGUUUGAGAGUAACCUGUUGGAGAUGGGCCUGGAGCUGGAGCGGGAUGAGGAGACCAAAACCUCUGGUGUUGGCUUUGUGAAGAUUCACGCUCCAUGGAAUGUUCUCUGUAGAGAGGCAGAGUUUAUGAAAAUGAAGAUGCCUACCAAAAAGGUGUAUGAGGUCAAGCAGAGCAGAGGCGUGAUGGAAAAGAUCAACACAUUCAUCUGCAAACUGACGGACCCUCUUCAUCCAAACGUUGAGGAGAACAGGUUACACAACGUGAAGCACCUCUCGUACCCCUUCUCCAGAGAAAAGCAACAUUUGUUCGAUUUGUCUGACAGAGAUUCAUUUUUUGAUAGUAAAACAAGAAGUUCAUUAGUCUUUGAAGUUUUGAAGCGAACUAAGUGCACCAAAGCUAAAUUUAGCAUGGGAAUAACAAGUCUUCUGGGGAGCGGAGUUUAUACGGCAGCUUAUUCCUUACAUGAUGGUGAUGUUGACGGGGGAAACGCAGAGCCAAAUGACAGAAAGUUGCUGUAUGAAGAGUGGGCCAGUUACAGUGUGUUCUAUAAGUACCAGCCCAUUGGUUUGAUUAGGAAGUAUUUUGGAGAGAAGAUUGGUCUAUACUUUGCUUGGCUUGGCAUCUACACGCAGAUGCUGAUCCCUGCUUCUUUAGUGGGCGUCUUUGUUUUCCUCUAUGGAUGUGUUACUGUUGAUGACGACAUUCCAAGCAUGGAAAUCUGUGACCCGCGGAGGAACAUCACCAUGUGUCCGCUGUGUGACCGAGUGUGCAGUUACUGGAACCUGAGCACUGCGUGUGGGACGGCUCGGGCCAGUCAUCUGUUUGAUAACCCCGCCACUGUCUUCUUCUCUAUCUUCAUGGCUCUGUGGGCCGCGUUCUUCAUGGAGCACUGGAAGAGACGGCAGAUGCGGCUCAACUAUGAGUGGGAUCUCACAGGCUUCGAGGAGGAGGAGGAAGCACUGAAGGAUCACCCACGAGCUGAAUAUGAAUUCAGAGUCAUGCAGAAAUCUCUGAAGAAAGAGCACAGAUCACAGAAGCCAGAGAAAGAGAAGUUGACCUGUAAAGACAGAUUUCCAGCCUAUAUGACAAACAUCAUAAUGAUGUUAUUAAUGAUCGGUGUGACGUUUGCUAUAGUGUUUGGUGUGAUUUUAUACCGGAUAUCAACCAAAGCAGCUCUUGCUAUGAGCUCAAACCCCAUGACCCGCUCGAACGUGAGGCUGACAGUUAAAACCACAGCGGCCAUCAUAAAUCUGGUGGUGAUUCUCAUUCUGGAUGAGGUGUACGCCGCCGUCGCCCGCUGGCUCACCGUCCUCGAGGUUCCCAAAACAGACAAGAGCUUUGAAGAACGCCUCAUCUUCAAAACCUUCAUUCUCAAGUUUGUGAAUGCCUUCACUCCUAUCAUAUACAUCGCUUUCUUCAGGGGCAGACUCGGCGGUCGUCCAGGCAGUUAUCUCUAUGUGUUCGAGUCUUAUCGUAUGGAGGAGUGCGCUCAUGGUGGCUGUCUGAUGGAGCUCUGCAUUCAGCUCAGCAUCACCAUGUUGGGUAAACAGCUCAUCCAGAACAACCUGUUUGAGAUCGGCAUCCCCAAACUGAAGAAGUUGAUCAGGUACAUCAAGUCCAAGAGAGCAUCUUUCCAGCAGGAGGAAUACGAGAAGAAGUUGCAGCGUUACGAGACCGAUUAUUUCCUCGAGCCCUUUGCGGGCCUUAGCCCCGAGUACAUGGAGAUGAUAAUUCAGUUUGGAUUCGUGACUCUGUUCGUGGCGUCUUUCCCUCUGGCACCGCUGUUUGCUCUCCUCAACAACAUUAUAGAAAUCCGUCUGGAUGCCAAGAAGUUUGUGGCUGAGCUUAGACGUCCCGAUGCAGCCCGAGCCAAAGACAUUGGAAUCUGGUACAAUAUACUCAGAGGAGUGGCUAAAGUGGCAGUUCUUGUCAAUGCAUUCGUGAUCUCCUUCACAUCAGAUUUUAUUCCACGGCUGGUCUAUCAGUAUAUGUACAGUCCAGAUGGCUCGAUGCACGGCUUUGUCAACCACACACUCUCAUAUUUUAAUGUCAGUCACUUUCAGAACGGCACCGCCCCGCUGGAGCCCUUCUACCUGGGUGUUCUUGUGGACAUCUGCAGGUAUAAAGACUACAGAGAGCCUCCCUGGUCUCCAACACCUUAUGAAAUCUCCAAACAGUUCUGGGCCGUGUUGGCAGCUAGACUAGCGUUUGUCAUUGUGUUUCAGAAUGUGGUCAUGCUGAUGAGUGAUGUGGUGGACUGGAUCAUCCCAGAUAUCCCCAAAGACAUCAGUAUGCAGAUUCAUAAAGAGAAGAUUCUGAUGAUGGAUCUGUUCAUGAAAGAGGAACAGGGGAAGACACAGCGAGCGGACAUUGUGUCGUCCAGCGGCUGUAAAGAGUCACUGACACGCUCUCGCUCUAUAUCUCACACACCCUACAAGAACUACUAACAUCAUAUAAAACACACACAUUCCAGUGAUGAACACUAACACCUGUCGCCUUUGAUUGCCAUGACUUCUCCAGUGUCCUACGUUUCCUUUUCACAGAUAUGCUUCAUUCUGUCAGUGAAUUGGAGAAAACUGCAGUAAACUUGAAAACACACAAACCCUGUGGUCAAUUUAACAGUAACGUUUCGAUUGGUGGUGAUAAUAUGCUGAAGGUUCUAGUUUCUGUUUGCAUCACAGUGCAGUACGGCAGAGAUUGGGUCUAAAAAUUUGAGUUUUUUUGUAGGACUUGAAUUUUCAGCUCAGUUUUUUUUAUUCACUUGACAGAUCAACGUAUGAUCACCCUUCACAUUAUGAAAUAGACAUUCAUCUUGACUGUAAAUCAGUCUUCGCCAUUUCAUGUGUGUAAAUUGUUGAUUUCAAGAACGGUUUCGAACUGCAGCGAACAUGACAGACACUUUGAUUUCCACUGCCUUAAACCGAUGUCAAAUUUGAACAUAUCUGGAACGUUUGCAGAAUAUCAUAUUUUCUUCCACUGUGGUAUAAUACUUCAUUUUUCUAUUGCCUUUUUUCUACAUCUGCUGCUUUUCGUAUUUAAUGGUGCUUAAUAGUCUUCAAUAAAUGUUUCUUAUGUGUCUGUACAUGACCACAACACCGUCCGAACAUCAGACGUGAGCAUAUACACAGACAAAUAAGAAAUCGUAGUUAUUUCUCCUGUGCUAUCACCAGAUCCAUUAUACAGCAAAAACACACACAGAAACACUUCAAUGGUAGUUUCUGCUCCAAAGAUUCAAACCUUUUUCAUCAAGUAGAAUUGUUUGAAAUAUGGUACAACGUUGCUUUUUAAAACCAAGUAGAAAUUGUGUAAAUUUGCCUGCCACCUGUCUGCUCAGUGAUGAUGACGACAACGACAUAUAAAUGACAAAUGUUUGUUUUUAUACACUGUAUGUAGUGAAUAUCUGCUAUAAUAAAACCUGCAGCAGUCCUUCAAUGA